UUUCGACUCUGAUUGCAUUGAACAUAUGUCAGAAAAAGAUUUUGAUGACUACAUCAACGACGAGAGUUACAAGAUAAGUAAGAGAAACGAUUUUGAAGUUCAUGUUCCUGCAGUCGAGCGAGAAUACCCGGAAUCCAAUAACAAACCUAACAUAAUGAUUCUACCACUUUCCAUAGAAGACGAAUCGCUAACAACUGGUACUGCUUCUGUCAUGCGUGAAUUCGCAAGAGAUAUGGAUAUAACAAUUGACAAAACACAUGAUUAUCUUAAAUACAAUGAAACAACCAAGAAGUUUAACAUCCACGCUGCUAGAGAACGUUACACAUUUUAUAAAGAUAUGGAAUGCCAUAGCAAAGAUAUGGAAAGAUUACGUAAACAUAUAGAAGCAGAGGAAGGUGAUGACCUCGAGAUUCCUGACAAUGCUGCAAUGGCUUGUGGUGCGGAUUGUGCAGCAUCAUUUAAAACGCGCAUGAAGCAAUUAUCAAAUCACACAAAGGAGGUCAUGAAGAAACUGAAGCAAGGCACAUCUAAUUUCACGAACAUGAAAGACCGAGUAUUGUUUUUACAGUCCAUAAGCGGAAUGUGGAUUGACCUGACAGAUGAUUUUGGAUGUUCUCCAUUACAUCAUGCUGUUCAAGAUGGUUGUAUUCCUUUAGUGGAAAGUCUGCUUUUGGCUGGUGCUUGUGUCAAUAUGUCCGAAGGUUGUGGAGUUACCCCCAUCAUGAUUGCAAUAAACAAUAACAAACCAGAAUUAGUGAAAAUUUUAAUCAAAUAUGGAGCACGAAUCAAUGGUAGCUUUCAAGGAAACAUACCGAAUCCAAUUCAAAUGGCAUGUAACAUUGGCAAUGAAGCUAUCAUGCAAAUUCUUGAAGACAGGACAACAUAUGAAAAACAGGCAAGGCACAGAGUUUGUGAAGACAUUGGUUUGUCUAAAGAACCAUUGCACUUGAAUCCCAGUGAUGUAGGGUCAGACGAAGCAGAGAAACCGGAAGUAAAAGGAGAAGACAUCCGCUUAAAUUUUAAUUUAACAGUUGGGGAUGCGAAGUCUACAUCGACUUUACGCGGUGUCCGAAAUAGAGCACCCGAUGAAUUUGGAUCUUUCAAAGAAGUUCCGGGAGAUUUUCACACCCAAGGUUACGUUAUGGAAUGUCUAUCUCGUAUAUCGGGGCCUGGGGGCUUUUUUUACACUUUAAGACAAUUAUUAGGACGGCUGAAAGUGACACCAAAGUCAUUUAUUGACGCAUUUAAAGAAGGUAACUAUGAGAGAAAUAUGGAUGCUUUAAAUGAUUACUUUUGGGGACUUUGUAUUGCAUCAGUUGCUUCCUUCAGAUCAUCUGGAUUUUUUCCAGACACUGAAACAUUAUCAAAUGCCCAAGCGAACAAUGGAAAUGUUAAUGACAUACUAUUGAACAGGUUGAAAGCAUACCUACAAGAAGCAAGUAGAACUGACGUAGUCGUGGAAUAUCAUAGUAAAUUUAUUACAAGUUUUGGUCCAUUGUUGUUAGCAUUCCACGAGUCUGUUCGAUAUGGGAACGCAAAAACAAGGGAAUCCUGUUGGUUGUCAAGCCUUCUUCUGUUUUGUGCAUUAAAUAAGAAAAACUACAAAGACGAAGCUAUAGCUCACAUCACAAACUUCACAGCAUUGUGGCCAAGCGCUAUUCGUGAAAUGUACAGAAAAAAUUCAUCUAUUUCAUAUAAAGGAAGGGCUGGCCAUAACCUGGCAUUAGAUGAGUUUGUCGAGACUGUGAUGGUUCGCCCACUAAAGAUAUUCGCUAAGCAUCACAGUACUUUGUCAAUGAUGAAGAAGGUAAACAUGAACGUGGAACUUCUAGUUCACAUCAAAGAAGUAUUCAAAGAAGGGUAUGGUGUACAUAGUCGAGUAAAAAGUGUUGUACCAGAUGCAUUACCCGAUCGCUUAAAAGUUGCAUGGUUUGCAAUUAAACAAGGAUGGUUUGUGUCACAAGAUCGAGAUGCUAUUCCAGUUCUGGAUCACACCAAGAAAGAUAUACAUACGAAUGGUGAUAAGAAAAUUCCCCGCGAAUGUACAGAUGUAGAGUCACGAAGAAAGUUAUUCAUUGAAAAAAACAUUGCAGAAAUACUAAGCAGACUAUUCCCACAUGAAUGAUAAUUCAAAGUGAAAAAUAUUUAUAUUAACUUAUUGAGGAACAAAGCAUUAUUGGCGUAGCCAGCCCGACAAUUUGGUCAAGCUAUGCAAAUUUCAAAUCAUUAUUAUUUAUUUCUUUAGAAAUUGAUUCUUUUCACGGUUUAUGAACACAAAAAUAUUCGCAUAGCAUGACCAAAUUGUCGGGCUGGCUACGCCAUUGGAACAAAAUAACUGUUUGACAUAACAUUCCAGCCCAGAAAAUUUAUUUCUUAACUUUAUCAAAUGCAACUGAUAGCUGUUUGUUUUGAACAUAAAUAAACUGGGGUCCAAGAUCAAUGUAUAAUGUAUUUUGGUUUCUUGCAUUUGAGUCUGGUGGUACCAGCCUUAAGAUGUCCUUGUAAACCAGGAUGUUCAAAACAUACUCUCCGUCUGUAACACUAGCUUUGUAGCAGCCAAAAUUUUCUGCGGUUUCAUAAUUGUAUUUAUUCACAUCUUUGUUACGCUUGCCUGUAAUCACAUUAGCUAGCUGCUUUAAUGUAAACUUCCUGCAGUUUAGUGCCUUCAUGCUUAAUAAACAUACAAUUAUUUUACAUGUUAACUCUGAAAUAUCUUCUAUGCAUGUUUCUAAUUUACUCUCACAUUGAUCACAUUUCAAGUGAUCACUGCAUACUGCAUAGCCACUAUCAAAAUACUCCAGAAUAAUUUUUCUCCUACAUUCACCAAUUUGGAAACAAAAGUAAAAAAAUUUUUGGAAAUGGCUGUAUCUAUUGUUUAAGACAUCUGGUGUGUAGUAAUGUUGCUUAUACACCGACUGUAUAUGUCGAUUGGUAUCGGUUGGACUGAAGUAAAGUAUACACUUACAGGGAAAUCCGUCUCUACCACCGCGUCCUGUCUCCUGAUAAUAGUCCUCCAUACAGCUUGGCAUUGAAGUAUGUAUGACGAUCCUUACAUUAGGCUUGUCCACCCCCAUUCCAAAUGCUUUGGUGCAAACUAGACAUGUAAUAUCACCAGACUUCCAUCUUUCAUAAAUCUCUUGCUUCAGUAUCUUAGACAUAUCACCAUGAUAUGCCUUCGCAAUGAUAGGAUAGGAUAGGUCUGGAGGCAGAUCAUUAAUGAGGUAUGGACUAAUAGCGGCAGCUGCUCAAGCGCCAUUUGUAAGCUCAAAGUGUACCUCGGUCUGCUUCACGUCAGUCCGGUUCUAUCUAUCUAUUCAUAAUGUAACCAGUCACUGAAAAGCCCUGAUAGGGAGUGUGCUGUGAAAUAUCUGUAAUGAUACCACGUGCACAAAGUUUGGCGCACAUAGCUUCACACUCAGAACGUGUUGACCCAUACACAAUGGAACACUCGCAGUCUUUAACCUCUGAUACAAUUCUGUCACAUAAAUUGCCAUUUUUUCUGACAACAUGGUACACAAGGUUUGGCCUGUUAUAGUUGUCCCUUAUAACAAUUGGUUCGGUAACUGCUAGCGCAGAGCAUACAUCUUGUUGUAUUUGGUUGGUAGCUGUUGCAGUCAACAUAACAAUGGGGACAGAGGGAAAUUGCUUGCGUAUAAAAUCCAGUUUCAUAUAAGCUGGCCUGAAUUCCUUUCCCCAUAAGCUUACACAGUGACAUUCAUCAAUCACAAAUCGCUGUAUACUUCCUUGUGAUGACAAUUUUUCUAACACACUUUGUAAUGCUAUGUCAGCGACCAGAAAUUCUGGAGUGGUAUACAACAACUUAAAAGGAUUGUUAGGUAGCUUUAAAUCGUGUAAUACCUGCUGUUUAUAAGCUUCUUGCAAUCCACCAUAUAGUGCUGCAGCUGGAAUGUUUCUCUCUUGGCAAUGUGCUAUCUGGUCAGAUAUAAGAGCUAAAAUAGGCUCAACCACAAUGGUAAUUCCAGGUGUAGAAACUGCAGGUAACAUGUAUAGAAGAGAUUUUCCUCCUCCCGUAGGAAUAUUUAUGAAACAGUCCUUCCCACUAACUAUUGAAUUGAUGGCAUUAGCCUGUUGUCCUCUGAAUGAAGCAAAUUCCCAGAUACUUGUCAUGACUGGUAACAAAUCCUUAGCUGAACUAACAACUUCAGGAAUUUGAGGUAAUGAUGUUGCCCCAUUGACUAUUGUCAUAUGCUCUGAUGGUGAAUCUAGUAUCUCACUGUUUUCUUUAUCUGUUGGAGGAUAAUUAUCUGCAUGCUCAACAUGAAACCAGCUCUUAUUCACAAAUGUUUUGACACACUCAAUUUCUGGAAUUUCAAAUCCUGCACAAUUGGAUGACUUCCAUAUUUUGUACACAUGUGUCAGAUUUGAUCCACUGACACUGACGGUUUCAUUAGUACAGCUUGAAUAUUUGUGCAACCUUCCUCUUGCUAGAAGAACAUAUCCAGCUUUAAGAGCAGCAUGGUGAUGAUCAAUAUCUUUAAUAGCGAGAGGUUCUGAGCCAUACAUUAUUGUAAAAUCUUUUCCUGACAUCUAAAUCAAUGCAGAAAUACACAUUUUUACAUGGGCUGCAUAAUGUUGGGGGGGGGGGCACUCAUUAUUUUGCCCGACCAAAAAUCUUGUGUGACC